AUGAAGCGGCCCCGCCGCCGAGAGGAGAGUUCAUCAGACACAGAGGCCGAGGCCAGCGUCGACGUGGGGAAGGAGGAGGGGGAACGCAACAGCCAAAAGCCAGGAUCUGUUUCUCCCACAACAACGUCUCAGAUGCAAGCAAGAAAGAAGCGGAGAGGGUUCAUUGAGAAACGGCGCAGGGACCGUAUUAACAGGAGCCUGUCGGAACUGCGGCGCCUGGUUCCCACGGCAUUUGAGAAGCAGGGCUCUUCCAAACUGGAGAAAGCGGAAAUCUUGCAGAUGACAGUAGACCACUUAAAAAGGCUUCAUGCCACUGGGGGUGCAGGGUUCUUAGAUGCUCAGGCCUUGGCAGUGGAUUACAGGACCAUCGGUUUUCGGGAGUGUCUCACUGAAGUGGUGAGAUACUUGGGCAUCCUUGAAGGCCAGAACAGCACCGAUCCUGUCCGCCUUCGGCUCCUUUCCCACCUGAACAACUGCAUUGUUGAGAUGGAGCCGCCUCCUGUAACAGCGCCCUUCCUGCCCUUUCAGCCCUGGCCUUUAUCACUUCUCCCUAAAUCCAUAGCCCCUCCCACCCAGGUCCCUAUACCCAGGAGGGAGUGUGCCCCUGGCUUAGCUAUCUUGGCUACUUCAUCAGUAGUCUAUCCAGGCCCUAUGCUGAGAGCAGAUCCCAUCUGCCAGAUCCCAAACACUGUCCCAUCAGUCUGCCCGAACGUCCUGUCUAAUAGAAUUGCUUUAUCCCGAAGGAUUAGGCCUCCUCUGGUGACAUUGGCUGCACCUGGUUCUGCACCCAGUGAGAGUUUAAGGGAGGCAGCAGCACACAGGAGCAGCCAUUUCACAGCAUUUCUGUUCUCUUCCUCCGGUUCUUCAGCGAAAAUUCCAGGAACACCAAUUUACAUGUCUCCUCCUGCUCCGAAUCCUACUAUUCAAGGACCAGGAAUCAAAAUGGGAUCCUCUAGACUCUGCUACUCCUGGACGACUGAAAUUGGAGCUUUCUGAUCCUCCCCCACCACAAAGUCCAAACCCAUUCAACAGCUUUACAAAAACAAAACAAAGCUGAACUCAGCACUCAUUCCUGCAACUGCUUUGCAUUUAUAAAAAAAAAAAAUCCUUUCCAGGCAAUUGGUUUAUUGUGUAGGCAAUUUGAAGUCUUUGCAAGGAACCACAGCUGGGAAAAUAGCAGUUUUCUCCCCAAUUACCAUGCUUUCAUUCCAGCGUGGAGUGUUCCACACUAUAAUUGUGCAAGUGUCAGAAGUAUCUCAUGGUUGAUGCCUUUGACAACAUGCACCUUUCCUCCAUUUUAAAAACUUUUUUUUAAAAAAAUCCUUUCAGUUUUGAGCACUCUGUUGUAUCAUUCUAAUUGUGAACAACCUUAGCAUGUAUUUUGUUUGGUUUGGUUCAGCCUGUGUACUCGCCUCUUGAUUUCUGGAAUAUGUAUGCACUGUUUGUUUGUUUUUAAGGAGGAUGUGGGGAAAUGACAAGCAUUGUACUGACAGCUACACUCCAGUAUCCUCUUUUCCUUUUUAUUUUGUGCUUGAGCCCAAACCAUUAAAGUAAACUAUAACGUUUAUAUGCUGACUCUAGUAAACCUUGGAUUAUCCCUUAAAUUCCCCCGACUCCCCUUAAAGCUCUAGCGCAUGCCGUAAGAAAGCCACCAAAGGGUGUCGUUCCAUGUUCAAUUUACUUAUGUACAGCGUCACUUGGGACUCCAGCCUCUUUCAGGCAUGUGGUGGAAAGGGGAUGCUAGCUUAGAAAGGAAAUAUAAAAUAGACAUGGGAGAAAUGAGAAAGAGGGAGCAAAAAGGAUUGAAAAUGAGCAACAGGGAAAUCUGGUGACACAAAAUUCGCCCGAGUCAUACAGUUAAUAAGCUGCAGAAAGAUACAAUUUGCACAUCUCGUUUGCAUGUUAAAACUGUGUCAAACAUACGCUUGGGGACUGAACUCUUCACGAAGGACAGGGCAACGUCUGCUCUUAAUAUGCUUUAAAUGUGUCCACCAGGGGAAUGCGGAAUAAUGAUCCUGUUUUUAUAAAAGUAGGAGGCAUAAUUUCCCGGAGUUUACUUUUGUGCUAGAAUGCAUACACCUGUCCAUGGGACAAUGCAGAAUGCCUCAAAGUUUUCAUUGGAAUCUGGUGGACAUUUGGCAAUAAAAAUAUUGUAACUGCU